CGCUCUUCCUUUGCUGAAGGCCAGCGCUGAAGACUUCAGAGUCAUGAGAAGGAUGCUUCUGCACUUGAGUGUUCUGACUCUCAGCUGUGUCUGGGCCACUGCCAUGGAGAUUCCCAUGAGCACAGUGGUGAAAGAGACCUUGACACAGCUGUCCGCUCACCGAGCUCUGUUGACAAGCAAUGAGACGAUGAGGCUUCCUGUCCCUACUCAUAAAAAUCACCAGCUAUGCAUUGGAGAAAUCUUUCAGGGGCUAGACAUACUGAAGAAUCAAACUGUCCGUGGGGGUACUGUGGAAAUGCUAUUCCAAAACCUGUCAUUAAUAAAGAAAUACAUUGACCGCCAAAAAGAGAAGUGUGGCGAGGAGAGACGGAGGACGAGGCAGUUCCUGGAUUACCUGCAAGAGUUCCUUGGUGUGAUGAGUACAGAGUGGGCAAUGGAAGGCUGAGGCUGAGCUGCUCCAUGGUGACAGGACUUCACAAUUUAAGUUAAAUUGUCAACAGAUGCAAAAACCCCACAAAACUGUGCAAAUGCAAGGGAUACCAUAUGCUGUUUCCAUUUAUAUUUAUGUCCUGUAGUCAGUUAAACCUAUCUAUGUCCAUAUAUGCAAAGUGUUUAACCUUUUUGUAUACGCAUAAAAGAAAUUCCUGUAGCGCAGGCUGGCCUCAAACUGGUAAUGUAGCCAAGGAUAACCUUGAAUUUCUGAUCCUCCUGCCUCCUCUUCCUGAAGGCUGAGGUUACAGACAUGCACCAUUGCCACUAGUUCAUGAAGUGCUGGAGAUGGAACCCAAGGCUUUGUGCAUGUUACCAACUGAGUUAUACUCCCUCCCCCUCAUCCUCUUCGUUGCAUCAGGGUCUCAAGUAUUCCAGGCUGACUUUGAACUCAGUGUGUAGCCAAGGGUGACCCUGAACUCUUGGUCCAGAUGGACGCAGGAGGAUCACAUACCCAACCUUAGCAUCCUUUCUCCUAGCCCCUUUAGAUAGAUGAUACUUAAUGACUCUCUUGCUGAGGGAUGCCACACCGGGGCUUCCUGCUCCUAUCUAACUUCAAUUUAAUACCCACUAGUCAAUCUCUCCUCAACUCCCUGCUACUCUCCCCAAACUCUAGUAAGCCCACUUCUAUUUCUUGGGGAGAGAGAAGGUUGACUUUUCUUAUGUCCUAUGUAUGAAUCAGACUGUGCCAUGACUGUGCCUCUGUGCCUGGAGCAGCUGGAUUUUGGAAAAGAAAAGGGACAUCUCCUUGCAGUGUGAAUGAGAGCCAGCCACAUGCUGGGCCUUACUUCUCCGUGUAACUGAACUUAAGAAGCAAAGUAAAUACCACAACCUUACUACCCCAUGCCAACAGAAAGCAUAAAAUGGUUGGGAUGUUAUUCAGGUAUCAGGGUCACUGGAGAAGCCUCCCCCAGUUUACUCCAGGAAAAACAGAUGUAUGCUUUUAUUUAAUUCUGUAAGAUGUUCAUAUUAUUUAUGAUGGAUUCAGUAAGUUAAUAUUUAUUACAACGUAUAUAAUAUUCUAAUAAAGCAGAAGGGACAACUC